AUGAGUCCUACUUAUCGUUAUAGUUCAGAAGCUGUACGUGAGGAACGUUUAACAUUAACACCACAGGGAGAACGUACAUUAUACAUGGAUGGAUUGAGUACACCCCCGAGUUCACAUGGCAAGAAUAGCUCCGUGCACUUGGAAGAAGCGUCAUACGCGUUUUCACCAUCGUCUAACGUGUUGUCGUCUGUGGGUGAUUACUUGCACCCUACUGACGUGGGAUUAUCAACACCCAAGACACCUCAAGAGAGUGAGAGUGGUAAUCGGAGUGGCUUUUCGCUUCCUACGUUAUCACAGAAUCACUCGAAGGAUGGAGGUAAGAGAUAUCAACAAUAUGUACAGCGUCAAUUACAAUUGCCACCAAUGUCACCUCAUACGCGCAGUGCUGGUAAAACUGGUAGUCGAGGUCAAGGAGGAAUGCAGAAACGUAGUCACACGUAUGUGCAGCAUGUCUCGAGAGAGACAGCGAGGGAAUUGGCCAAGACGGCAUUUAAUAUGCGCUCGACUUCAAUUGGGGAUUUUACAUUUGAGGCCCCACAUGAAGUCGUAGGCAGCACUCUACGGGAAAGCAUUCGACGUGUAACGGCUUUUUCUAGACGAGAAACACCGCUGGACAGAGUACUUAAUACGGUAGUGAGAGUGGGCCACCGUAUGCGCAAAACUGAGCUGAGACUUGACCCGGAGAUGCUCACGUGGUCAAGAGGCACGAAGGUACUUGGUGAGAUGUUGACGGACGAUGUUGUGGGUGCCGAAAUUGUUGCCAAGAAGAAGGUGAACACGUUUCGUGUGCACUACUUCAAGAAGGGCCGUGGCACUGGAGCCAAGGCCUUGUUGCGCACACCUCAGUAUGUGGAUUUUCAUUGUCUGGAGACCGAGGUAGUGGAUAGUUGGGUUGGAGCUAUUCAAGAGCUUGUGCGCUGGCAGGCUCGUGCGCCACCCAUAGCAGAGAAACGGCUUUUGAAGGUGGUUGUGAACCCACACUCGGGAAAACGACAAGCACGACGAAUUUGGGUGGAUAAAGUGAAACCAUUUCUGGAUCUGGGCAACUUUAAUUGUGUUGUCGAAGAAACAACGCACUAUGGACAUGGAGCUGAGAUGGGUAAAAGCUACUCGGCUGAUGAUGGUUUUGAGGCUUUGAUUUUCAUUGGAGGCGAUGGCACUCUAUGCGAAUUCAUGAACGGACUGUUGACUCGUCCGGAGCAUGAGUGGCGUGAGAUUGUAGCUUCAACGCCAAUUUCUCUUAUUUCUGCGGGUACGCAGAAUGCUUUUGGUACAGGAGCCGGUAUUCCUACCGUGAAUGCGGCUCUCUACUGCAUCAUGAAGCGCAAAAUGCGCCCACUAGAUGUCGUGACUGCUGUAUCUGCUGCAAAUCCUGACGUGGUGCACUACAGCUACUGUGGUCUUGGCUGGGGCGUGGCAGGCGAUAUUGCAGCCGAGUCAGAACGCUACCGUUGGAUGGGUACGCUCCGCUAUGCCUUUUUGAAGGUGAAGCGCACGGUGGCUCUGCCUAAAAAACACACUGGGCGAGUUCGGUACGUUCUGACGGAGCCACAACCACCACUACUUCGUUACGAUGACUACCCGGACGCUGGUGCCUUGGACCAGUUCGAGGUGGAGGAAGGCACUGUGUACGAUACGGACCGUUUCAGUACUCACCGCAAGUCGUGGGGCGGCAUUGCUGGUAGCAUUUUAAGCCCAGCGAGUCACAAGCGAUAUCCCGAGUUGUUGUGGAACGAAGAUCGCAGCAGUUAUGUGGUAGUGGGUGUCGUGAACAUCACGCCUGAUGGUGCCUACUCGCACCCUUCAGACGGCAACUUGGACUUAAUUCUCACUCGUAAGGGUAGUCUGAGGCGGACCCUGAAGCUGUUUGUAUUGUAUGUCAUGGGCAAGGAGCUGCAGAGCGAUUUGGUUUCGUACCUAAAGGUGAAAGCCGUCGAGAUCGAACCUGACGAGCCGACAGAUUGCAUGAAUAUUGACGGUGAAGUGCUUGAGGGAGGUCCAUGGCGCAUGGAAGUGGUGCCAAGUCUUUUUAAAGUGCUGUCCGAGAAGUAA